GUGGCUCCUGCUGCGGUGAUAGCGGUCAAUCUUGCAGGGCAGGUCAAAAGUGCUGUGGAGGGUGAGCUCGAUCUGGGUCUUGGAAUAGGACUCAAACUUACACCACAAACAGACUGGGAUGUGCCCCGACUUCUGGUACUUGCUGUGGCAAUGGGUACUGCGCUGCGGGCAAAAGCUGUUGUGUGCGCAAUGGAAGAACAGUUUGUGCCGAUAGGUGCAACACUAAUUUUUGAAAACAUGUGCCGAGGUAUCAUGAAGCGUGGACUGCUUUAUGGACCUCAAACGGACAUCUUGACCUAUGAAGGAUGUAGCACUAACUCGGAAGUCGGACAAACAUACGAGACACGUCAGCAAUGUGACGAGUAUCCUUUUGCCAGUACAAGGGAAGGUGGCUCUGGGGCGUAUAUUGGCUGCGUUCCGUGGUGGCAGAAUCAAUGGCAAGGAAUAUACUUUAGCUCCUGGCUAAGUUCAGUGGGGCUGCGGAAUGGGGACAGAUUCAGAGUGGUGUUGCAGGGCAUAGACUGUACCACUGUCCCACAAAGCGAUUUGGAACCACCAGAUGUGGCAGGCCUGGCCAAGAGGCAAAGCGACGGCGAGCUUGUGUUUACAGGAUCUAGUGCUAACGGUACUUGGUUAAACCAAACAAUGUUCGGCAAUCUGACUUCGAAUGAGGGACGGGGUGCAUUUGUAGUACCAUUACCCGAUUUGAAAGCUGGAGUGUAUAAUGUCCCCAUUCAGCUCAAUGGAGGAAACAUAUCCGCUAUGGCGGCCUAUGAUGAAGACGGCGAGGAACUCGCUCGCCAAAAUCAUACCACCACAAGUGCAACGCUCUCUUUCACUAUAGAAGAUGAUGAUGUGAACGUUGUUGCUGUAGCAUGGGCCUCAGAUAAACAAGUUCAGCUCGACUACAAUGCUCGCCGGUCUCCACUUCCAUCCACUUCAUCCUCAGCAGAUACUUCACAGCCCACUGGUACCCCAAGUGCUGGCGGUAGUCGCUUAGGGGUCGCCCAACCCGUCUACCUCUUAACCGCCAUCA